AUGAGUGUAUGGAACAAGAUCCCCUUCCCAGCCAUCGCUGAACACUUGCCCGUUACGGAUCGGAAUGUCCUCGCUGGGCUUGCCACUGCAUCGGACGUCCAUGCUUGGACCAUAGCCAAGGUGGACGAGUACCGCAGGCUCGCCUUCGUGCUUCUUUCCAUAUACAAUGUUGCCACCCCCAUUCAUCGACUCCCCACCGAAAUCCUCGAGCAGAUCUUUGAACGAAGGUGGGACAACCGCGCUCGCCUGCAUCUCUCCCACGUCUGCCGUCGAUGGCGCGACAAUCUUCUCCCUAGCGCUCGAUUCUGGGCAGGCGCAUUGGAAAGCGAAGAGUUCGACGUGUCACAGGCCAUCCCGCCAUAUUUGAAGGCCCUCCUCUCGCGCGCCAAACAUAAUCCUCGUGGCAUCAGUCUUCGCUUCUGGUCGUUCCCCCUUUGUGUCGAGUCAUUGACCUUGUACUUUGACCGGCUGGUGUUGCUGCAGGUCGCCGCAAACGAGGACGAUCUACCCGACGGGCUAUGGCCUGCGCUUCGUUCGGGAAUGCCGCGUCUACGGGACCUAUGCAUUCAGGUAUUGGUCACAAGGCGGGGAUUGGACGAAUGCUCUGACCCAAACAACUAUAGUCGGUGGGCCUGGUUUUACGAUCCGUACGAGUGCACGGGAUGGAGCAAGCCUUCCAUGUUGUCCGCUGACCAUCUCCCCUCACUCACUCGGUUGACCUGUCCCCCUAGUAUCCUCGGACACUUCUCCGAUAUCCUCUUCAGACAUGUGAAGCUACAGUGGUGGGAGCUGGUGGUACCUGACCACAUCAAACAGCCAUACCACGAAUGGAUCGAGACGCUCCGUGCUCUCGUGGAUCAUGACGCUCUAGAGACAUUAGAAGUCAUGCCAUGGGAUUUCGCUGCCCAGAUUCCAUCCCGGACUUUUGCUCCUGCGACAUUCCCUCUUUUGCGUUACCUUCGCAUCGAAAACAAUUUUGCUCAGGAGAUUGUCCAGUUGAUGACCUUGCUCCUCUUCCCGGUCACCACCCGCAUCCAUCUCGUCAACAGCUCGUCGUCCUACGAUCCUAAUAUCUCCGAGCUCCUCCCGCAAGAGGAUGAUGCAAAGCUUCGCGCGAUUGUGGGAGCCGUCGAUUGCGUGCACAUCGAACAGGCGCAACUCGUUGACACUAACACUCCCGAUUCCUACCGAAACUUCUACUUCAUCCGAUGCUACGCUGCCGACCUCGAACGUCUCCGCAUGGACAAGUGCACCUUCUCUCCGGAUGGUUUGAUCGAUGUCUUCCGCGAUCACGCGCGGGUCACACGUCUGGUGCUCAGCCUCGAAGAGAGCGGCGUUCCCCUAGACUUCCGCGCAUUCCCGCAGCUGGAGGACCUCGACGUGAGCGGGCCGUACGUGGACUAUACGCUGGAUCUGCUGCGACCGAUCCAGUCGAGCCGAACAGAGCGACCAAUGAAUACCAUUUGUCCUUCUCUGGCAAGGCUCGUUGUCCGUCUGCGAAACCCAGUCUCUCCAAAGGAGGCGUCUACAGAGUUCGAGGAUGUUGUUUCAGGAGACCGGUGCUCUGGCCUGCGAGAGGUCCUUGCGCGACGUGCGACUCCGUACCGAAACCGUCUCUCCUAUUUAGAGAUCAAUCUGCCCCCGCUCAAAGAGUCGGGACUCGGUCGCUCUAUCUCUCGGACCACUAUCAGUGGUCUGCGAGUGCUGGUCGACGGGCCCGUCAUCGUGAAGUCCGGCGAAUAA